AUGGAGAAGAGCACGGGCGUUUGGUACCUCGCCUACGGCUCCAACAUGAGCCGCGCCAAGUUCAUCGACUCACGUGGCAUCAAACCGAUCAAGACCGCACGCGCCCUCGUCCCGGGAUGGACGUUGACGACCGAGAUACCGGGCACGCCCUACACGGAGCCGGCCUACACGUCCAUCCGACCGAUAACCGGAGUUGACGUCAAGGCACGGGAGGUGGUCGGUGUUGCGUAUCUCAUCACGGCCGAGCAGUACAUCCACCUUGUCGCGUCCGAGGGCGGCGGGAUCGCCUACGCCGACAUUGCCAUACCGGCCGUUCCGGUGGGUGCCGAGGACGAGGCGAUGACGGGCCCAACCUUCACCGUUCGGACGCUCGGCACCAUCUUGAGACGAGACCCUCCGGCCUUCCCGAGCCAGAGAUACAUGGGGUUGCUCACGGACGGAGCCGCGGAUGCGCACUUGCCGGAUGACUAUCAGCAGUUUUUGCAGAAUCUCCCUGUGUACGAGCCGCCCAGAAACCUGAUGCGGAAGAUUGGUGCCUACCUAUUCCUCGCUUUCUGGGGUCCAGUGAUGUACCUGGUGGAAAAGAUGACAAUGGCUAGCCUGAGGCCGGAUGGAAACGCACCGGCGGGAACGGCGCAGGUAGUUCGGUUCGUUGUCUAUCUCAUGUGGUCCUAUCACGACUGCAUCCACGCUCCCAUCUGGGGAAGAGGAGACGGAAUGGAUGGAUGA